AUGUUUCUUAUUUAAAACAAUAUCAUAAUUAUAAUAUUAAUGUGUAGAUACUAUAUAUAUCUUAAAGGAUUUUAAAAUAACGUUAAAAAUGGAUCUCAUGAAAAACCUUUUAGAUCCAAAUCAGUCACUACAAAGUAUGAGAAUUAAAGUGAAAAGUGCACCUGUGAAAAUUAUACAAAAGUGUGUAUCAGAUGAAGAGGAUGAACUAGAAGAUUACAAUAAGAAAUUAGAAGAAUCCAGAACUACAGAUUAUGCUAAAGAGUAUCAGAUGAAAGAAGAACUGUUAUAUAUGGAAAGCUACAAAUCAUACCCUGAAAAUGAUGGGGAUAUGUCUCAAGUCGAUCAUGCUGAUGAUAUGUUAUCAAAUGAUGAUAGAGAAGAAGUUACAAGACUAAAGGAAGAGCAGUUGGUUGAAAUUUAUACAAAAUAUUCUUUUAAUAACUACAAAACAGAAGAACUUAGUAUAGAUCCAUUUCGAUCAAAAAUUCUAUCUUUUAUUUAUGCAAAUCAAGUUUUAAUAAUUCAGGGUCACACUGGAUGUGGUAAGUCAACCCAAGUUCCUCAAUUUAUUCUAGACGACUGCAAAGCCAAUAAUAAAUACUGUAAAAUUGUGGUCACACAACCUCGACGAAUUGCUGCAGUUAGUGUGGCUAAAAGAGUAUGUGAAGAAAGGGGAUGGGCUUUAGGAACAGUUUGUGGAUACCAAGUUGGUUUAGAAAAAUGUGUAUCAAGUGAAACACUGCUGAUGUAUGUCACCACAGGAAUUUUACUUCAAAAGUUAGUCAAGCAGAAAAAUCUUCACGAAUUCACUCACAUAAUAGUUGAUGAGGUACAUGAAAGAAACCAAGAUAUGGAUUUUUUGUUGCUUAUAAUUAGAAAAUUUCUUUAUACCAGCACUACAAAUGUGAAAGUCAUCUUAAUGUCUGCAACAAUUGAUACAGAUGCAUUUGCAUAUUAUUUCCGAACACCUAGUAGAAAUGCUGUGAUUGAAGCACCAGUUUUCAAUAUUCCUAAACAGACAGCGAAAUAUAAUAAUACUAUCUAUUAUGCAGAUCAAUUAAAACCAUUAGGAGAGAUACCUGCUUUUAACUUUAGUGAACCUAAAAUAGAUCCUUCAUUGUAUACAAUGAGUGCUUAUUUAGUAAGGGCUCUUGAUCGGUUAGAUCCUGUAUCUGAUGAUACUAAAAUGCCAAUUAUAGGAAACGUUUUGGUCUUUUUACCUGGUAUAUUAGAAAUCGAGGAAAUGCAUAAAGAAUUAGAGUUGAAGAAAAACUGGACUUUUAAAACUGAUGAAGAGCAAGUAUCUAAGCCUCCAACCAUUAAAUGGAGUAUCUUACCUCUUCAUUCUUCCGUAACAAUGGAAGAACAAAGGAAAAUAUUUUUACCACCUCAACCUGGAUUCAGAAAUAUCAUACUAUCUACCAAUAUAGCUGAAAGUUCUCUUACUGUUCCGGGGAUUAUAUAUGUAAUCGAUUUUUGUUUGACUAAAACUAUGGUGAUUGAUCCUCAUACACAGUAUCAAAGCUUACAGCUGCAAUGGGCCUCCCAGGACAAUUGUGAGCAGAGGGCGGGUCGUGUAGGUCGCGUGGGACACGGAAGAGUCUAUCGAAUGGUGUCCAUUGCAUUUUAUUCGCAACUUUCCAAAAGUGCUGUCCCUGAAAUACUGAGAGCACCAUUAGAUAGGAUAGUUUUAGCAACAAAACUGUUAAACCUUAAAGAACCGCCAAAGGCGAUUUUGGCGUUAGCGAUGAACCCCCCCGAUUUAGGAAAUAUAGAGUCGACUAUUUGGAAUUUAAAAGAGGCUGGUGGACUAUUAAUGACGUGUAAUGGACAAAAAAUGGCAUCAGAUGGAGAUGUAACAUUUUUAGGUCAUGUGAUGGCAAAUUUGCCCCUUGAUAUACAUUUAUCCAAAUUCAUCGUUUUAGGCCACAUGUUCAGUUGUAUGGACGAUUGUAUUGUAAUGGCAUGUGGCAUGUCAUUAAAUCGAAUAUUUUCAACACCAUUUAUGGAAUAUUUAAAAUCUUAUACGAACCGUUUACAAUGGGCUGACGGUUCUAGCAGCGAUUUAAUUGCAUAUUUAAAUUUAUACAGAGUAUGGCAAAAAAUGAAACGCACUACGCUACGAAAGAGACAAGAUGAAACUCGAUGGGCUCUGAGUAACUACUUGAGUAUUAGAGCAUUGAAGGAAUGGGAAUACUUGGUUGAAGAGGUAAAAGAACGGACUAAAACAAUGGGAAUGAGAGACACAUUUGGUCCUGCACGAGUGCGUUUAUCCCCCAUUGAAUUGCCUAUUGUCCUGAAGGUUCUAAUCUGUGGAGCUUUUUACCCAAACUACUUUAGAAGAUCAGCUGACGCUGGUCAAGUGGAUGAAAGAGAAGCAGUUAAACUUUUGAAUGGGCAAGACCCUUGUAAUACUGUCUAUUUUAAUAGUUUUGAUCCUUAUCAACCUGGACCCCUUUAUGCACAGCGUAUCAAAGAAAUUUUCACUAAAAAUUUAAUCACUCGUUCAACUUCAAAUAUUAAAGUAACCUUUGACAGCAGCAGUAAGGUAUAUGUAUCGUUCAUAAAUAGCAAGGAACCAAUGUAUACUGUUGUGGAAAACCAAGAAUUUGUUUCAAAGAUGCCAGGAAAAAUCGAAGUCGAAGUAUAUCGUGCGGUUCGAAUGAGACAGUUAAAUAUUAAAACUUCUAUUAAAGUUCUGAAACGCGAAGAAUCAUGGAAAAUCGCCAAAAAAUUUGGAAUUGAUUCAGAAUCUCAACAAAAAGGCUAUGUGAACUUAAUAAAGAAAAACAACGCGUUAGAUCAACCUAUUUUACCAAGUGUACAUAAUAAAACCAUACGUAUUAAAAUAUCAGAGACAAUUGAUGCAGGUCAUUUUUGGGCACAAUAUGCUGACGAUAGUUCUGACCACACACUUGAAUGCAUUUUUAAUUAUUUAAAUCGGACAGAAUUAAAACCUGCAAACCCCUCAGAAUUAAAGAUGGGUGAAAUAUAUGCCACAAAAUAUACAGUUGAUAACUAUUUUUAUCGCUGUAAAAUAUUGGGAUUUAAAACUAUCGUAGGAUCCAAAUUAACCGGCAUCACAAGAAAUGUUAAGGUGAUAUUUAUUGAUUAUGGAAACACCGCUGUUGUGACAGAGAAUAAACUGUAUCUCCUUCCUGAAGAGGCUGAUAAAAUAUCACCACAAGCAAUGGAGUGUAUGCUAAGUGAAGUACAGCCUUCUUUAGUAUUAAAUCCAAGAGCUAUUUGGACUGAUCAGGCUAGUAGAAUGUUUGAACAUUACACUAGAGACAUCGUAUUAACAGGGCAGGUUUAUUCAGUUGUUAAUGGAGUUGUUCACUUGGAAUUGUAUAGAACAAAUAACCUCAACCAACCGUCCAUUAAUAAAUGGCUGAUUGAUAAAGGAUUUGCUCAGAAGGCAGAAGAAAGCUUUCUUUCUAAAGAAAAUCAUAUUAAGAGGAUUCAAGCACAGUCAGAUGAAGGUGGUGUAUUAUCAGCCGAAGAUAAUGAUAUGUACGAAAAAGUUAUCGAAGAUAUUACCCCACCAUCUGAAGAAACCUGUUCAAUUGAAGUAAAGUUAAAAGGACCUUUUAGCCCAUUAGAAAUGAAGAUUUAUAGUACCGUAGCUAGUGGUAUUGAUAAACACGUUAGAAUCGAUGGAAAUUCAGUUAACACUGUUCUAUUAGAUACUGAUCCCCAAGACCCUCAUGAAAGAUUAGUUGUGGCUGCCCAAGUAGACCAAAAUGCCUCAGGAAAUGCGCUAAUUUUACGACAUACUACGGUUAUGCCAAAUAUUCAUGGUUUUCCAAUGCUUAUGACUCUUUUAUUUUGUCCUACAAUGGAAUGUAAACCAACCGCUGACGGAAGAAAAGUGGCUGCAGUAUUAUGUGGACUAGGGGCUCACGAAAUCACUAAUAAAUCUCUCUAUCCCCCUCAUGAUCUGUUUUUAACUCUUGAUACAGAAUUAACCGAAGAUGACUUAAAUAUGGUGAACGAACUCCGAUAUUGGAUGAAUGUAACGAUGAAUACCAUGGAGGACUUGUAUAAUGAGACGACGCCUUCAGUCGAAAUAGAAACCUGCCAAUCAGAAUUGAAAUCUCGACUAUUUGGUUUGCUUAAAAAUCCACGAAAAGAUACUGAAAGAGAAUUUGUGAAAUAUGCAAAUAUUUGGGGAAAACUGUUGUAUGAUGCUGAACAACUGAAACCCGGAGACGACGGUCUUAUGACGGAAGAUACGAUUUGGCCGCUUCAUUCUUUUAUUCUAUUAAACAGAGAGGUUGAGCAGCAAGUUCAACUAAAAAGCAAUUUGACUGAAAUGGAGGACAUGGCUAGACGAAUGGUACAAAUGAGUACAAUAACUUGUAAAGCCUGCAACAUUACUGUUUACAGUAUUGAAGAGCUGAGAAUUCACCUUGCACUAGAGAGUCACAAGAAAAAUGCCGUUAAUUUUGCGUAAAAACGAGUUUCUUUUGCUUUAUAUGUUAAAAUUUAUAUUUACUUUAACGAUUGUUUUCGAUUAUUUUUUUCCAGUUGUACUGUUGAGUUUUCAAGUGAGAUUAGUUCGUUAGUUAAGUAAACAAACUGAGAUUUUUA